CAACGUGCUUCGUCGGUCGCCGGUUACGCUGCACACGAUCAUGGACACUACGGGAGAAGCUGAUUGUGGAGCAUAUUUUGAUAGCUAUGAAGAUCUUAAGAUUCACGAGCUGAUGCUCUCGGACGAACCCCGACAAACCGCCUACCAAAACGCAAUCUUGGGCAACCGGCAACUGUUUGCUGGCAAAACCGUCCUAGAUGUUGGCGCUGGCACCGGAAUCCUUUCCCUCUUUUGCGCCCAGGCGGGUGCUCGCAAAGUGUAUGCGGUCGAAGCGUCCAAUCUGGCCCACUUGGCCCGUGCCGUGGUGAAGGAAAACCGAUUUGAACAGGUGAUUGAGGUGAGCGAGUGCAAGGUCGAAGAGUUUCGCCUGCCGAACGACGAGCGGGUGGACAUAAUUGUCUCCGAAUGGAUGGGAUUCUUUCUGCUCCACGAGGGUAUGCUCGAUUCGGUGCUGUACGCGCGGGACAAGUUUCUUAAACCGCACGGAUUGAUGUUUCCAAACACCGCCACCAUUUACAUUGCACCGUGCAGCGUACCGUCCCGGUUUGACCGGUGGGAGAACCUGUCCGGCGUUAGCAUGCAGUGCUUCGGAAGGGCGUUACGUGAGCAAUGUUCCAGCAAGCCCGAGGUGUUGACUGUGGCGUCGGAACAUUUGCUUCACGAAGGCCAUGUUAUGACGUGGCUUGACCUAAAGGAAGUUACCAGCGAGGAGCUAAACAGUAUCGAGGCGAAGGAAGUACUCGUUGCACAGAAGGAGGGCAAACUCCAGGGGUUUUGCAUAUGGUUCGAUUGCACCUUUCCGGCGGCAGAGUCUGAUGAGCAGAUGAGUUCAGAAGUGAUACUGUCCACGAACCCAUCCGCCCCGGAGACGCACUGGAAGCAGACGGUUAUUCUGCUUCCGGAACAGGCGUGUGAGGAGCUGGAGGCACGAGACCCGGUGGCGUUCAGUUUAACCAUGACACGCAAUCAGGACACAAACCGGAGGUACGAUCUGCAGCUGACUCUCCUGGAUGCGGAGACAGAGGAACACAAUUUACCAUGCGAAUGUCAGAUGACAAAGUGUAUUUUAAUGAAAGCCCAUCUCGACUCAAUGCAGGUCGAUGGGUAACCAGGCGGACAAUAAACGAACGUUCAAGGAACUCCAA